GCUUGUACAAUGGGAAGGAACAACUACUGCAUUAAAUCUUGCGUCGGUGUUGUGAUUUUUUUGGACACUGGCGGCGGUUUGUAUAAAAUAGUCGAAACGGUGGUUAAGGCCGAAGAAAUCGAACCUCGACUAUUGGCUGUCCAGAUCGUCGCGGGUCUGUUACUAAUCCUCAGCGGAGUGUUGCUGCUGAUGGGUGCAGUAAAGAGGGAACCGAAAUACGUUCUGUCCCAUAUUGUUCUCGUCGGUAUUUGUUUGUUUCUAGCUAUAAUCGGGUUUCUGGUUAUACUCUUAAUUUUCCUGGGCAACACAACGAACGUAGGUGCUAUAAUAAUAUUUAUUUCAGCGGCCGUACUUUUUUGGCGAAUUUGUUUGGAAUAUAGUGUGUAUCUGUUUUAUAAAAACAUGAAUAGUGAGAGUCUGACUGUUUAAAUUAAGUUUGCCUUAAAGAAAUAAAGUCUUGAAACG